ACUCCAGGCGGUCAGACUCUUCUGCAAGCGGAGGCGGGCUGGUAGUGCUUCUGGAGAUGUGAAAACUUGGAGCGUCCUGCGGCCCUUCGUGUGUGCUCGUGCUAACGCUUGCUUCCCAGAGCCCUGCCUUGUCUCAAAGAGAAGAGAACAAUGACCAAGUUACAGGAGGCAGUGACAUUCAGGGACGUGGCCGUGGUCUUCAGCGAGGAGGAGCUGGGGCUGCUGGACGCUGCUCAGAGGAAGCUGUACCACGAUGUGAUGCUGGAGAACUUCAGGAACCUCCUGGCAGUGGGAGGCCAGAGUCCAGGCAAGACGACUCAUCUUCACACAACAGGACUGAGGUUUCUUUCACUGGGGCGGCUUCCGUGCUGGCAAGUGACAAGCCAUGAUGCCAACAAACUGGCCGGAGCUCCAGAAGCUGUCAUCAGCAUUCAGGGGAAGGGUCCUCACCUCCUGGAGCAGUGCCACUUCCCCUGCCACUGGGGAGCAGAGCAGCUUCCCCAGGCCUCCGAGGAUGCCAGCUGUCCGGAGAGUCCCACAAACAGCCAUUCCAGCAUUAUUGAAAAUCAGGAAUUUCUGUCUGGGAGGGCUCAGAGUUCUUGGGGUAAGACACAUCUUAGCAAGAAACAGAAGCCUCAGAAGCAGUGUCCGAAGACGCUGGUGAAAACGGAGCCUCGGCAGUUGCUUCCGGGUGUUGACACGCUGAGUUGCAUUUCCCACCAUAACAACGCACUGCAUAAAAGAGACAAAGCCCACAGCAGUGGUGACUGUGGCAAAGUCAUUUUUCCAGUGUCACCCAGCACCCAGCAUCAUGUUUACAUAGAAAGGAGGGUCUACCAAUGCAGCAAGGGCCAAGAAGCCUUGACUGACAGACCCAAUCACGAACUUCAUCAGCCUGUGCUAGUAGGGGAAAAGUCCCCUGUACGUAGUACACAUGAGGACACCCCCAUUCAACAAAGUGUUCAUCCAGGAAAAAAGCAAUACUCACGUCACAAGUGUGGCACAGGCUUCAGCAAGAACGCACAUCUUCAGACUAACCAGAGAGUGCAAACGGGCAAGAAGCCCUCCCACUGCGACAGCUGUGGGAAGGGCUUCAGCCGCACCUCAGAUCUCAACAUCCACUGCCGCGUGCACACUGAAGAGAAGCCUCACAAGUGUGAGGUGUGUGGGAAGGGCUUCACAAAGUUGUCACACCUCCAGGCCCAUGAGAGGAUUCACACAGGAGAGAAGCCAUAUAAGUGUGGAGACUGUGGCAAGCGCUUCAGCUGCAGCUCGAACCUCCACACCCACCAGAGAGUCCACACUGAGGAGAAACCUUACAAGUGUGACGAGUGUGGGAAGCGCUUCAGCUUGAGCUUCAACCUCCACAGCCAUCAGCGGGUCCACACAGGAGAGAAGCCAUAUAAAUGUGAAGAGUGUGGGAAGGGUUUCACUUCAGCCUCAAGCUUCCAAAGCCACCAGCGGGUCCAUACAGGAGAGAAGCCAUUUGUCUGCAGUGUCUGUGGGAAGGGCUUCAGUCGGACUUCAUAUCUUCAGACUCAUCAGAGAGUGCACACGGGGGAAAAGCCUUAUCAGUGCGACAGCUGUGGGAAAGCCUUCAGCCAGAGAUCCCAUCUCCUAGUCCAUCAGAUAAUUCACACCGGGGAGAAGCCGUUCAAGUGUGAGGAGUGUGGGAAGGAAUUCACCCAGAGCACAGGGCUUAGUAUUCACCAGAGGGUCCACACAGGAGAGAAACCCUACACGUGUCAGCAGUGUGGGAAGGGCUUCAGUCAGGCCUCACACUUCCAAAGACACCAGAGGGUCCACACCAAGGAGAAGCCCUAUAUCUGCGGCAUCUGCUGUAAGGGCUUCAGUCAGAGAUCGCAUCUCGUCUACCACCAGAGGGUCCACAGUGCAAGGAAUCGCUAGAUGUGUUCUGCCAUCAGAUGGACUCCAUGCUCCUCCUGAUGGUUAAAAUUGCCCCAAAACCCAGAGGAUUCAGAGAUUAACAGGGGGCUGCAUAUUAUUUUAUUUAACCCUCAACUCAUUCUCCUACUGGGAUCAUUAUGAAAAGUUCCUUAUUUAAUUAUAAAAGGAAGAAUUGUCAAUUGUCAGGAACAGACAACUGUCAGGAACAGCCUCAUACUUGUGCUAAGAUUUGAUAGUAUGGGUAGUUAAUCAAGAUUGACAAAGAGCUCGUAGCAGCUAUAUGUGAGAAAUUAACAACAAAUAUCCAAAAAGCAGGUGACUUCUGUUCAUAUAAAGAAAAAAGAAUACAAAUCCCUGAAAUGCUUCCGUUUCGUACUGAUGCAAGAAUGGUGGGAAUGGCUGGUUACAAGUCACAAAAAUAUAAAGUGAUUCGAAGUCUCAUAUGCCUCAGUUUAAAAAGUAGAGUUGCAUGCUAUUCAAAUGGUGUUAUUUGAUUUUUCUGAAUGUCCUACCAUAGUUGCUGACUUUCAGUAUGCAGGAGUUGUUUUGCAUAGAGUAACUCCUGAACUUAUUCAGGAUGAUUCAAAAUCAACUUCAAAUUUUUAUUCAAAUACAACAGACAUAGAAACCCUUUAUUGUAUACAAUACAGAUCAGAUCACAUACUGAUCUACCAGGCUUCUAAGCGCAAGGAAAUGGUGAAAAUGAUCAGCUAUUGAUAAGAAAUGUGCUAGAAGCUUUAGAAUUCCAUACGAAAUACAAUGUUAACAGGAAAGACUUUUUUUUAAAAUUUAUUCUAUGUGAUUGCAUGCAUGUCUGUGUAAGGGUAUAAGAUCCCCUUGAACUGGAGUCACAGGCAGAUGUGAGCUUCCACGUGGAUGCUGGGAAUUGAACCCUGGUCCUCUGGAAGAGCAACCAGUGCUCUUAAUCCAUGAACCAUCUCUUCAACCCAACAAGAAAGGUUUAAGAAAAUUUUCUGUCUCUUGGCAACAAGUCAAGGAAAUUAUAACAAAAUGCCCUACUUGUUCUUUCUAUAAUCAAACUCCAUUGCCCAAAAAAGUACUCAAAGAAAUGAAAUUUAGGCAAAUGGGUAUAUUUCAGUUUGCAGAGUUUGGAAAUUUAAAAUAUGUGUACCAUUCCAUAAACACAUAUUCAGGAUUUUAAUGGGCUAUGCUUUAAGUUCUUAAAAAAAAAAAAAAAAAAAAAAAAAGCUGAUUCUGUAAUUACACACUUUUGGAAGUUAUGGGAUUCAUUACACACUUUUGGAAGUUAUGGGAUUCAUGGGUAUACCUGUAUAGAUUAAAACUGAAAAUGCCCCAGUCUAUGUGCCUACUAAAGUGAAGCCAUUUUUGCAUGUCACAAUAUGAAACAUAGGUUUACCACACAAUCCUAGAGGACAAGCAGUUGUAGAGAAUCUAGUCAUGCUUUAGAGAGACGUCUAACAAACAGAAAGGGGUUACAAAUAUCCCACAGAUAGAGGACAUGAGGCCUUAUUAACUGAAAUUCUUAAAUGCUACUGAGAAGAAAAACAAUAGCUCCUGAGAGACGCUGGAUUAUAGAAAAAACAACUAAACUAAAUCAGCCUGCUCAUAUUAAGAAUGUCCUAGCUGGGCAGUGGUGGUGCAUGCCUUUAAUCCCAGCACUCGGGAGGCAGAGGCAGGCGGAUUUCUGAGUUCGAGGCCAGCCUGGUCUACAGAGUGAGUUCCAGGACAGCCAGGGCUACACAGAGAAACCCUGUCUCGGAUAAUAAUAAUAAUAAUAAUAAUAAUAAUAAUAAUAAUAAUAAUAAAUAAAACAACAAAAAGAAUGUCCUACCUUCAGAAUGGAAGACAGGAAAUGUGUGUCAUACAGGGGAAGAGGUUUUGUAUUGGUUUCAACAGGAGAAAACAAACUGUGGGUUCCACUGAAAUGUAUUAUACCCAAAUUUGAUCAGGGGAGACCCCUGAAGGUCUUGGCUACAGACAGCAAGAAAGAAAUCAUGAUGGCCAAUACCAGGUGACGUGGUGCUGAUCCCUCUCCAAGGGAACAUCUCUGAGACUGCCUGCGACUUGAAAAUCUCCCUCCAGCAUCGAGUUUGCUGGCAGGAUGCCAUGCUUCCUGCUGUGAUGAUGAACUGAACCUCUGAAACUAUAAAUGAACUCUAAUUAAAUGUUUUCUUUUACAAGAGUUGCCUUUGUUGUAGUGUCCCUUCGCAGCAAUGAAACCCAACCUAAGACAGUUAUACAGUCCAAACUAACUUGUAAAGACGACAGGUACCUUUCACCCGGUCAUACAAAGAGCAGAGAAUCAUAUUUCACAGAUCUGUGUAUAUUUCAAAUUCCAUACAUGUAUUAAUACAAAAAUAUAGCUACCUCUGAAAGUUAUAUUUUUACAGAGUAAGACAUCCAGAUACCAGUGAGUUGGAGCAGCCCUGACAGGAUUCUGAGAAGGAUGCUGAGAUACUGAGACUGUUUAUUCCAGCAUCCAACUUGAUCCAACCUUAGACUGCCUUAAUAGCUGUUUUAUCCAAACUUGCUUCAAGGACAGCUUCAAAGAAAGGUGCUGACAUCAGAAGACCCCAAAUGAUCCAGCCUCACAGACUGUUUCAGUCAGGACUUCAUUUAAGACUGCGCUUUUGUGACACACAGAGACUGGACAGCAAUUGUUACAGCGAGCUUUCUUAAGACUGGCCAGUAGCUCAAUUUUCUUGCCCUACCCUCAAUGGAAAAAAGAUGCCUCGGACAUCAAGAAGCAAUUUUAAUGACUCUCUAACUCUCAAAACAUGGGGUGGGUGGUUUUGCUCAUUUGUUGGAUGGUGAUCAUUCUUAAAAGGAUGUUGGUUACAAGUUGUUAAUGGUCUUGAUCAGGGAGGAAACAAGGUAUAGGUGAUUAGACUCAGGGAUUUCUCUCUUCCUUUUUCUUUCCUCUGUCCUUUCUUGUCAGGUGUUAAUGGGGAGAAGGGUUGAAAAGUGCUGGCAGAAUAUAGGAAUAAUAUAUUAAUAUGAUAUAAUUAAUAUAAUAUAAUAAUAGACAUAUGGUUAGGUUAUUGAAUCUACUCUUAAACUAUAGAGUUAUUUUUAGCCAAAAAUCUUACAAUGAUAUAGAUCAUUGUAUAUUGAUAUGAAAUUAAGGUUAUAUUUGCUUAAAAUAUAGUAUGUAAGUUACAAUUUCUAUUUAAGAUAUUGAACCUAUGCAGUUCAUUUUAAAAUACAAUGUGGAGUUCUAGACCUUGAAAUCUGCUAUUACAAAAUAUUUAGGAUAAUUAAGAAAUGUUAGUUGAUAGUCAGGUAAUCAAAUUCAUCUAGAUAGUAGUCUAGUUAAUUACAGAAAGAUGUUUUCAAAGUUGAACAGAUAGUAAAUAUCUAGAAACAAAGAAUGUAUGCCUAUUCAGAUAUACUAUAGUUAGAGAGCUGGUCUUCCAAAACUUCAGAGAUCCACAGAUUGUGGCACUUAAAGAUAUUUUAUUAAUUAAAGGCUUUUCUAGACAUGUCAGCUCCUGGAAGCACCCCUGUUCUACUUUUAAAAAGAUGCUGAGCAUCCAAGAAUCUCCAUAUGGAGUUUGCUUUAGAAUUGGUAAGCUGGGGCUGGAGAGAUGGCUCAGCGGUUAAGAGCAUUACUUGCUCUUCCAGAGGCCCUGAGUUCAAUUCCCAGCAACCACAUGGGGUGGCUCACAACCAUCUGUAGUGGGAUCUGAUGCCCUCUCCUGGGUGUAGGAGGAGAAGAAGAAGAAAAAGAAAGAGGAAAAGAGGGAAAGAGAGAAAGAGGGAAAGAGGGAAAGAGAAAGAAAGAGAGAGAGAAAAAGAAAGAAAAGAAAGAAAAGAAAGAAAGAAAGAAAGGAGGGAGGGAGGGAGGGAGGGAGGGAGGGAGGGAGGGAGGGAGAGAGGGAGAGAGGGAGGGAGGGAGGGAGGGAGGGAGAGAGGGAGAGAGGGAGAGAGGGAGAGAGGGAGAGAGGGAGAGAGGGAGAGAGGGAGAGAGGGAGAGAGGGAGAGAGAGAGAGAGAGAGAGAGAAAGAAAGAGAAUAGUGGUGGUAGUAGUAAGCUAGCCACCAGGAGAGAAACUGCCCUUGCUUCAACUGCAGACCAAACAGGCCAAACUUGAUGUAGGGAAGUCGGUUGCUGAGCUUUGCCAGGACAAGGUAGGCAAGCCCUUCAUAAUUCCUGCUUCACAAAACAGUCUGUCAUAUAUUGGGACAGAAGGCUGAGGAUGGGAUAGUUCAAAGUUCUAGAGAAAUUUGGGGUAGCUGUCCAGGCAGCCAGCUGUCUCUGUCAUGUCUAUAGUUUUGGAAGCUGCUUGCUCUGCACUUCCUGCGUCCUCGGGUAAUAUUGAUUCCUUCUCAAGAUUCUGAUUGGGUUGAAGGCUACGUUCUUCUUAUCUUCAACUAAGCUUAAGGUGUUUAGGAUUUAAGAAAAUGUUUUUAAAAGAUAUUUUUAUGUCUAAGUAGAUUUUUUUAAGUUGAUAAAAAUGCAAGGUAUGAUAGAAAACAAUUUAAGCAUAGAACUCUGAACUCAACCAGAUAGGAUAAAUAGUAGAGUACUUUCUCCAAAGUUGCCAAUUAUAAAUGGACUGGACAUUGUGAAUGGAAUUCUUACCUGAUAGUUUUCAUACUUGUUUCAUAAUUGUUCUUACUGUAUUUAGUUUAUUAUUAUAAGGAAAAGAGCUUUUCAAUGUACUGAAAGGGGAGAUGUUGGAGGAAGGUCUUGUGCACUAUGAAUUCAGAUGUUGGUUUCUGUGCCUCAGGACUGGUUAUAGUCCAGACACUGGCAUUGCCAUGAAUAUUGGACCAUCUCUUGUAUCAAUGCUCUCCAUUUAUCUCUGGGUGUUAUUAAAAAGCUAAACAGCCGGGGCUGGAGAGAUGGCUCAGUGGUUAAGAGCACUGAUUGCUCUUCCAGAGGUCCUGAGUUCAAUUCCCAGCAACCACAUGGUGGCUCACAACCACCUGUAAUGAGAUCUGAUGCCCUCUUCUGGUGUCUGAAGAGAGUGUACUCACAUACAUAAAAUAAAUAAAUAAAUUUAAAAAAAAAAAGCUAAACAGCCAGUGACUGGGCAGAGGAGAUAGAAAGGCUGGACUUCUGAUCUGAGCCAGGGGUUUGAGAGAGAAGAGAAAGAGAAAGAAUGGGGCCACAGGACCGGUGAAGAAGUACCGGGUCACCAUGAGGUCAGGCAUUGUGUGGAGUCACCAAGGGAGUUCUGCUUGAGAGUAAACAGGUGUCGCAGAGGGAGCUGAGGCAAGACUAAAUGCAAGUUGCUCAGGGCAUGUGGCUAGGAAGUAGCUUAGACAGCAUAGAGAGGGUUAGGAAUUCUGCUCAGUUAUUGUGCCUAAAACUUGGUGAAUAAAUCUAUAAAUGUCUGCUUCAAUUAUUUGGGAGAGAGCCCGUUAGGAAAAAACUGACACUUUUAAAUUUCAUCCUACAGGAGCAUUCAUGUUUGGGAGAUUGUUUGUUUCUUUUUGUUUGUUUAUUUUGUUUUGUUUAUUGAGACAGGGUUUGUCUUUGUAGACCUGACUAUCCUGCGACGUGCUCUGUAGACCAGUCUGGCCUUAAACCCAGAGAUCCAUCUGCCUUUACUUCUGGAGUUCCUCAAUUAAAGAUUUGUGCCAUUCC